AUGCGGGCGCCGCCGGCGGCACCUGCGGCUCCUCUCGGCGGCGGCGGUCGCCUCGGCGGCAGCAGAGCGGCAACUUUUUGCGGAUUGUUCUUGCUUCAAGGCUUUGCGUUGCAAAUUCAGUGUUACCAGUGUGAAGAAUUCCAGCUGAAUAACGACUGCUCGUCCCCCGAGUUCAUCGUGAAUUGCACGGUAAACGUUCAAGACAUGUGUCAGAAAGAAGUGAUGGAGCAAAGCGCAGGAAUCAUGUACCGCAAGUCGUGUGCGUCGUCGGCAGCCUGCCUCAUCGCCUCGGCUGGGUACCAGUCCUUCUGCUCCCCGGGGAAACUGAACUCUGUGUGCAUCAGCUGCUGCAACACCCCUCUUUGCAACGGGCCCCGGCCCAAGAAAAGGAGCAGUUCUGCCUCGGCCCUUCGGCCCUGGCUUCCCAGCACCAUCUUGCUCCUCAAGAUAGCCCUUUUCUCGGCACACUGCUGAAGGCGGAAGGAGAUGUCAGCCCCUCCUGCAUUGUUCUUCUGGCCUGCCCUCCCCUGCUCCCCGAGAUUCUUCUGGGUGUCCUUUUAUUCUGGGUAGGGAGGGGAAUCUGUUCUUUUAGUUCCUUUGGAAACAGAGAGCUCAGUGUAAAAAAAAAAAAAAAAGGGAAAGAAAAUCCUUGUGAGCUCUGAAUACAUAGAGCUUGAAUUUUCGAUGUGUCCUUGAAGGAAGGAAGGAGGUGGGGUGCACAUUGGCCCCAUCUGUAAUCAGUUGAGGCCAGGCUGGCAGAAUCAGCUCUCAGCUGAUAACUUCAGUGGCUGGCUGCUCUUCCCAGGCCGGUCUUCCACUCCUGUCCCUGACGGGAGCACGGUUUCUUCUAUCACUGCCGCGUGAAGGUAACAUGGCUUUCGUG